AUCAAUAUCAUCUGCUAGACGGCGCACUUUAGAGAUGGUCUCGUGACUGUCAUCAGCUGAUUCAGCACCAGCUGACCUGAGGGGUUCCGGGUCGGACUUCGCUUCCUCAGUUUUCGCCGGUAGUGCGACGUUUUCGUCCAGACUAAGCGGUAAAUAAGGCUGAAAAAAAAUGUCUAUCAUGGACUUCCAGAUAGAUGGGCUGGUUGCCGCACCUUUCACCCCCAUGAAGGAUAAUGGGGAACUCAACUUGUCAUUGAUAGAGCCAUAUGUUGACUAUCUUGUGUCACAGGGAGUACUGAAUACAUUUGUUUGUGGGAGUACCGGGGAGGGUGCUAGUCUGUCCAUGGCUGAGAGAAAGAUGCUGGCAGAAAAAUGGGUGUCAGCAGGCAAGGGCAAGCUGACCAAUGUGAUUGUCCACGUGGGUGGCUGCAGCAUCACGGACAGCCAAGAACUGGCGCGUCAUGCAGAGAGUAUCGGUGCCCAGGCUAUCGCCUCCCUCCCAACCUGUGUGUUUAGGCCCACCACUGGGAAACAGGUAGCUGAACAGCUGCAGAUCAUUGGUGCAGCUGCCCCCAGUCUGCCACUGUUCUACUAUCACCUGCCAGACAUGUCCAAGGUCAACAUCAUGGUGGAGGACCUGUUUGAUGCGUUAGAGACAGUAAAAGUGCCGACGUUCCGGGGGUGUAAGUACACAGACUAUAACAUGAUGGACUUCGGACGAUGUCUGGUACACAGCAACGGGAAAUACAUCAUGAUGUAUGGCAGGGAUGAGCAAGGUCUGUGUGCUUUGGUGAUGGGAGCCACAAGUUUUGUGGGAAGCACCUUCAACUAUUCGGGUAAAGUCUAUAACCGUAUGCGGGCAGCGUAUGACAAUGGAGACCUCGAAGCAGCACGUAAAGAACAGUCCAUGUCUCAGGCCCUGAAACGCGCAAGGGUGCUAACUAACGGACCUGGGAUGGACAUUGGGCUUAACAAGUACAUCAUGAGCAUGGUCUCCGGGAUGGAUUUUGGGCCCCCCCGCCCCCCCAUGCAGCGCCGCUCGGAGGAAGAGUUGGCCAAGAUCAAGGCCAAACUCCAGGCCUGUGGUUUCUUUGAAGCCGUGAAGUAGAGCAUCCCCUUAUUCUUGCCACCGUUUGACAGCUGCACUGUGAUUGGAGGAGGAGUGUAGUUAUACUGUCAUAGGGUAAAAUAUGCUCCAAUCAGAGACCACGAGAGAUGGUAAACUACCAUGGCAUGUUUCCAGUAGCACUUCAAAUAUGGUAGUACCGUAUUUUGAAAGCCAUUGUGUGAUUGGCUGUUGAGUUAAUCGUGUCAAUGAUAGCUUCCAAUCAGAGAAUGGCAAUCUUCUGCAACAGAUCAUGCAAUCUGAAUGAAUACAGUUCAGAUUUGGAUGGCAUCUCACAGUUUUUAAGCUCUGUUUUUAACUUAAGUGCAAUUGUUGUCCGUGAUAUGUCUAGCAAAAGUAGGUGGCCUGUGAACCAAUUCUAAGUGCCUUAGAAUCAGUUCUUAGAUAGAAACAGGCAGUGAUUGGGACCAACACAGACACCAGCUUGUGUACUGUAACUGUAACUGCAAUAGAAAAGUUAAUAGUUUGACAUUAUCAUAGCCAUAAAUUGAAAAUAAUUAUCAUCCUCAAGUUAUAGCAAUCUUGUAAUUAUGUUUUCUCAAGCUUUGUUCAAUGAUAAAUCUCAGUAUAAAAGAAGACCAGAAUAAGUAACAGUUGUAUUUGCAAUGUUAAAGAUAUUUAGAUACAAGUUCAUAUAGCAUUUAUGCUAAACAUACAAGCAACACGGGUUGCUUUCAUUAUCUAUUGUGUCCAUUGACAACAUUGUGAGCUUUCAAUAAUACAUUUCUAUACGCUCACAAUAGUAAUCUUAUUAUUUGUGUUCUAGACACUUUUUACAUAAUUUUUAAUCUAAUUUUUGGUCACGUGUGUGACAACUAUGGUACGUCAGUUUUCUUGCCAAUUUUAUGUCAUUUUUUAUGAUGGCCGUUAAUUUUUGUGACUGUAUUUUUCAGAUUUUGUUAGCAAUUUUUAUGAUGUAAUUCAGUAGUAGGAUCCUUGUUGUGUUUUUUCAUCAACAAAAAGGAAUUAUAUGUACUUGGAUGAACUACUAGUGAGACAAUCAUUAUGUAAGUCUUCUCAACGUGGCAACUUUAACUGUUUAAUUAACAGAUUUAGUAAGAAUUUUACUUCUUCAAACAUACAUUUUUUACAAUGUACUAAAGUUAUGUUGUUAACCUUCUCCUUGCUGCCUAAUCCUGUAGCUAGUACAAAUUUGGUGCCAAAAAGCUACCUCAGUUUGGAGAGGGUUAAUUUUUAACCAUUUCACAGUGAAACUGUGACAAUGUACACUUUGGGUUAAGCAAGUAUAUGGCUGUAGCUGUACAUGGGUUGGUGCAGGUACACAAAAAAAUUUGUACCUAUGGUCUUUCGUAGAAACCACCAGACUGCUUUUUCCACCCCCAAAUCGGACUGGAUUGCUUUUUCCGCCAACCGGACUGGACUGCUUUUUCCACCAACCCGCUGUACAUGCUAACCAAUGAUGUUUUAAUGGCAGAAGUUGUCAAAUGAAGUAGUAUAAUUUUUACAUGUGUUUAACAUGUAUAUCAUAACUUAAUUUUACCACAUCUAUACGUACUCAUUAAUGUACAGUAUUACACCAUGACAAAGUUAUAAUAGUAAUUUAUCAAAACGUAGUAGUAACACUGAAUAUAAGCUUUAAAGGCAGAGUCUAUUUUAAAGAGAUGAAACCAACAUUUAGAUCUCAAUUGUGGAAAUAAAAGCUGUUACAAUUACAC